AUGAGGUUAAUCACUUCAUUCAGAAGGAAGCUUUACCAGAAAGUAUUUGUAAACUGGUGUUUUACUAGCAACUCUAGCUAUCACUCUGGUGGUAGAAUUGUUGUAGCUUGGAAGGCUGGUUGCUUCACAGUUAACAUUGUUGCUGCAUCCAGUCAGUUUGUUCACUGCCAUGUUACUCUUGUAAGUGGUAGGCAGCCCUUUUAUUGCACUUUUGUUUAUGCUUUUAAUGAUGCUGGUAUGAGAAAAGAUCUAUGGAGGGAUUUGUUGUUGCUUAAUACUCAAGACCCCUGGAUUGUGUGUGGGGAUUUCAACUUUGUUAUGGCAUUAGAUGAGAGAAUUGGAGCUCCUGUAAGACAUAGUGAUAUUGUGGAUGUGAGCAAUUGUAUGCAUGCUUGUGGUAUGGAAGAUAUUAAGUGUGUGGGUAAUCUCUUUACCCGGAACAACAAGCAACAAGGAAAUAACAGGGUUUUUUCAAAAAUUGAUAGAUUUAUGGCUAAUCAUGCUUGGAAAUCUUGCUUUCCAGUUGCUGAAGUGUGCUUUAUGCCAGAAGGUCAUUUUGAUCAUUCUCCUGGACUUCUUUCUAUGUAUCCCAGAGAUGAUGGAGGGAAGAAACCCUUUAAAUACUUUACUAUGUGGAAGUCUUCAACUGUGUUUUCUGAUACUGUUCAGCAGGCUUGGAACACACAUAUUCUUGGAACUAAAAUGUUCAUCUUGAUUAAUAAGCUGAAAAGAGUAAAACUGGCUCUUAAAGAUUUGAAUAAAGUAGAAUUUACAGACAUUCAUGCUGCAAAUUUGAGAUCUUAUCAGACUAUGGUGAGUGCACAAAAUACAAUGCAUAGUAAUCCAACUGAUCAAGGUUUUGCAGAUGCAGUGUUGAUUGCAAUUCAUGAUUAUAAGGAGAAACAUAAAGCUUAUUUGGCUUUCCUCAGUCAAAAAGCAAAAUUGUCUUGGCUUAAAGAUGGGGAUGAGAAUACUACCCUUUUUCACCAGAGUAUCAAGAACAGGAAGGUGCAGAACCAAGUUUAUAGCAUCUAUGAUAUGAAAGGAGAAUGGAAAGAUACAGCCGAUGGGGUGUCCCAAGAUUUCUUGGAUUAUUAUAAAGUGCUACUAGGUAGUACUUCUGAUAAUAGAACACCAGUAAACAGGGAGGUGGUUCAACAGGGGCCAGUUUGUAUGGAUCAUCAUAAAGCUAUUCUCAAUGCUCCAUAUACAGCAGAGGAAGUUAAGAAGGCUCUUUUCUCUAUUCCAGGUAUUAAAGCUCCUGGUCCAGAUGGCUUUGGUUCUUAUUUUUAUAAAGAUUCUUGGCAUAUUGUUGGGGAUGAAGUCAUUUCAGCCAUCCUUGAUAUGUUACAGCAAGGAAAAAUCUUGAAGGAGGUGAACCACACUGUGAUUACUCUCAUCCCUAAGACUAAAUGUCCAAAAGAUGUGAGUGAGUUCAGGCCAAUCUCUUGCUGCAACACCAUCUAUAAGUGCAUAACAAAAGUCUUGUGUGGGAGAUUAAGACAAGUUCUUCCUGAUUUCAUUUUGGAGAAUCAAGGAGGCUUUGUUCAUGGGAGAUACAUAGUUCAUAAUAUUAUGGUUGUUCAAGAUUUAGUCAGGCAUUAUGGGAGGAAAGGGGUUAAGCCUAGUUGUCUUAUGAAGAUUGAUCUUCAAAAAGCCUAUGAUACUGUUGAUUGGCAUUUCUUACAGGAGAUGCUGGAAUUGUUGGAUUUCCCUAAGCAAUUUGUUGAUAUGGUUAUACAAUGUGUGUCUACUCCCAUGUUUUCUUUGAUGCUGAAUGGUUCUAUGCAUGGCUUCUUUAAAUCCAAGAGAGGUUUGAGGCAAGGAGAUCCUAUUUCUCCUCUGCUGUUUGUCAUUUGCAUGGAAUAUUUGUCUAGAAUUCUGAAUAGAGUUAGCUCUAUGCCUCAGUUUCAAUUUCAUCCAAGGUGUAAGGGGAUUGGUCUUACUCACUUAUGUUUUGCUGAUGAUCUGAUUAUCUGUAGCAAGGGAGAUUAUCAGUCUAUUUACUUGUUGCUUCAAGCUUUCAAGUUGUUUUCUAAUUCUUCUGGCUUAAAGGAAAAUCAACAAAAAUCUUCUAUCUACUGUCAUGGUAUGCAGGAAUCUGAUAUUCAGAGGGUAGUGGAUGUUUCUGGAUUUUCUAGAAGUAUGCUGCCUUUUAAAUACUUGGGUGUUCCUAUAUUCUCUAAGAAGAUUUCUGUGGCUCAGUGUGCUCAUCUGGUGGAUAAGAUGAUAACCAGGAUCAAAGUUUGGAGUUCUAGGAAUUUAUCCUAUACAACAAGAAUGCAGCUUGUUAACUCAGUUUUGCUAAGUUUGCAUAUGUAUUGGGCUCAAAUAUAUGUGCUUCCAAAAAGUGUUCUACAAGAUAUAGUGAAGAUCUACAGAUCCUUCCUAUGGAGUGGUCAUGCUUUCAGUCAUAAACCAAGCAACAUAGCUUGGGAUAAGGUCUGUAGUGACAAGCAAACUGGAGGUCUGGGGUUUAGAGAUGUUCAGACUUCGAAUAUAGCCUUUAUGGGAAAAUAUGUAUUGGCUUUAGUCAAGAAGCAGGAUAAUGUGUGGAUUAGGUGGAUCAAUUCAGUCUACUUAAAGCAUGGGGAUUGGUGGGAGUAUCAGCCUGGCUCUACUGCUAGCUGGUACUGGAAACAAGUUUGUAAUACAAAGGAGAAACUAAAACAGUUUUUUACUCCUGCAGAAUUUGAAAACAUGCCUCAGUAUUCAGUGAAACAAGUGUACGAGAAACUUGUAGGGAAUAAGCCAAGGGUGCAUUGGGAUAAAAUGGUGUGGAAUAGGCUAAAUGUUCCAAAGCAUAGAUUCAUCUGCUGGUUAGCUGUUCAAUCCAAGCUUCGGACUAUAGAAAAGCUAGCAAAGAUAGGCAUUAGUCAAUCUACUAGUUGUUUGAUUUGUGGAAUGGAUGAUGAGACUCAUCAGCAUUUAUUCUUUCAGUGCCAUUAUUCAGGAAAGCUGGACAAAGUAGAGUUUCAAAGUUCAGAGUAUGGAGGCUUUGAAGCAAAUGGUCAAGAGCAGAAUUCAGGCGCAUCAUUUGACACGGUUGGAGUCGGUGCCGAGGCGGUAGAAAAAACUGCCGUGCUGUUAGGAGUCCCUCUAAAGGACAGAGCUUUCAUUGACAUCAAGUUCGAACGUGAAGAAACCUCUCAAGAAGAAGAGAUCUCUGAGCCUGCAAAUAUGUCGACAUCAACAGGAACUGGCCCGUCGACACGCUCUGGCAAGGCUCCCUCUGCGGACGCGUUGAUGAGGAAAAGGUUGGAGACACUGGGGAGUGUGUCUCAACCUAAACCCAUCACUGUGCUGUCACCUCCGAGGCCGCCAAAGGCUUCCAUCGACUCCACGAUGACUGGGGAAACCGGUCUGUCCAUGCCUGCUGAGAAAAAGUUGUCGCCUCCUUCUCGGAAGAGAAAGCUUGCUGUGGAGUUUCCUAACGACUAUGGGUCGGCAGACGUGCCACGAGUCCAGCUUUGGCCUGAGGUCGACCGCCUGUGGAUGCCGUCCAGCCGAGAGCGUCAAGAGUCCCUGUUCCCAGUUGCUGCAACUGUUGAGAGCGUCUUGGAUGCAUGGAGGGACGCCAUUCUGGCUAAUGCUGCUUCUCUGAGUUCGUCGACGGUAUCGAUGUCGUAG